AUGAUUGAAGCAGAAUUGACUGCAAUCCAGGCAAUUGGAAAUAAGCCAUACAAAUCCAUUGCAGCUGCAGCAAAAGAGCAGAAUGGCCCAUCCUCAGAACUCAUCUCUCACAUCCAUCAUCUUGCUGAGCUGUUGAAAAAUCUGCCUACAGUCCUUCCGCUCGACCCCUCAAGUUCACAAUAUGGUUUUGGUCUUGACCCUGAACUUAUAGAGGAGGAGGGAAAGCAGUAUGAAGUGCUCAUCCAGAUGUUCAAACUUGCUGUCAAAAAAUUGGAGAAGGACUCCAAACGAGAAUUCCUGCAUGAAGUAUGGCUCGAGAGACUCAUAAUGGCCACAAAAAUACAGGGUGCAAAAAUUCCUGUGAAGAUGUCAGCGCUAGUCCUGAAAAACGGGCAAAAACCCAAUGUGCGCAGCCUGCACAAAGUGGUUCAUUUGCGGGCAUCAUGGAGAUCAGCGAAGGUUCAUCAGAUGGUGCUCACCUUUGAUGACUUGAGGUGGAAACCACUUGAAACUGAAAGGGAGAAGAAGUUGCAGUGGGAGAGGCUAGAUGCCUUGACACGAGAGUCCUGGGAAAAGAAGAAAAUGAGGAAGAAGAAGAAUAGCUGGAGCGAGAACGGAGUUAACAUGAAGGAGCAGCUGAACAGCAAUGCCAUCACUGUGAGCGCAAAAGAGCUGCUGUUGCCACUGAAAAGAGACAAAAUGAACCAUCUAUCAAUCAGAUGUAGUGGAGCUGUCUCGAUCAGAUUCACAUUGGAAGGAUCAGUGAAACAGAACAUGUGGUGGAACAAGGCAGGAAUGGCACAAGCAGACAAACUGGUAUCACCCUCUCCUUUGGGUUCAUAUUGA